GAGCCUCAGAAAGAUCUGCAUCAAUGGAGACGACCCUCUCCACGAGCAAGGGCACUUUCCUCUCAAUUUUGACCUGCCUCACCUUCGUUCCCUCAAAGUAUUCCGUUUCAAGUUCUCAGAAGCGAAGACAUUAUUUCGACCCUCAUUACGCAAGCUUGUGCUCGAUGCGACCGAGUAUCCGCCUCUACGCGAAGUGUCGGAGUGCAUACGAGAGCUACCUCCUUAGACCUGCUUGCAUUCGACUCCUAUGAUAGCGAUGCUAAGUAUCCAAAGGACUACGAACCUGUCGCUUUGAAUCAUUUGCGAUGGUUACAUAUCGAUGGCAGCCAUCACUACGCUCGGUUCCUGGAUAACCUCGAGGUCGCACCAGGAGCAUCGGUGUUCUUUGAAAUGGCGACUGUCGGCCUGUUGAGUGGAGUCGAAGCCGACGACAUCGAUAUGAUGACUUACCGUGCUGUAAUGUUCUGUGGUCUACCAAAUUACGAUCUGAAGCUGCCCCCGUCCCGUAUGCUGCGAUCUAUGGUUGUUCAGGUCAACCCGGCGGAUGAAGGAGUGAUAAUAGAGAUACGAGGCUGGGAUGUUGUCUUUCCUCAUGACGAAUUCGCAUUGGCAAUUGGACGGCCUCAUUCACUCCCCCGACCAUUUCUUCAUCUCAAUCUCGCAAGUGCCUUUAUGCAUAACGACGUGGAAGGGCUAAUGCAUACCACUCGACACUUCGAUUUCCAGGAGCUCCAAACGUUGCUUUUCGUUUUCAACUCGGAAAGUCGUGUGUACAACCGUAUAGGGCAUGAAUUAGCAGACAUAUUCGAUACUGACAGUAUCGAAACACUUAUCGUGCCAGAUUGACAUACAGGAGAAUUGGCUGCCCUGAUCACAACAGGUGACUGUGACGUUUCCAUCCAUUCUCCGGAUGACCCAUCGCCUUCUGAAUUUACGCCAAUGCCAUUUCCGCGUCUCAACACCCUGGUCACCUACCGUCUACGAUGGGGCGAUGAUGAUGAAGGCAUCAGUCCCUCACCGCUACCACUUUCCACGGCUCUGAAGUAUCGGGCCAAGCACAAUGUUGGGAUAGAGACCAUAUGCCUUCGUGGUUGUGUAUCAGACGUCAAUAGGGAGGACCUCGAAGAAGCGAUGGCGGU